AUGCAGCGCCGGAAAAUAGACAACCGCAUUCGAGUGCUGAUCGAGAAUGGGGUGGCGGAGCGGCAGCGGACCCUCUUCGUGGUGGUCGGUGACCGCGGCAAGGACCAGGUGGUUAUACUUCAUCACAUGUUGUCUAAAGCAACUGUCAAGGCCAGACCCUCUGUGCUGUGGUGUUACAAAAAGGAGCUGGACUUUAGCAGCCACCGCAAGAAGAGGAUGAGGCAACUGCAGAAGAAGAUUAAAAGUGGAACUUUAAGCAUAAAGGACGAUGACCCCUUUGAGCUGUUCAUCGCAGCCACAAACAUUCGCUACUGUUACUACAACGAGACUCACAAGAUUCUUGGUAACACUUUUGGCAUGUGUGUGCUCCAGGAUUUUGAAGCCUUGACUCCAAAUCUGCUUGCUAGAACUGUUGAAACAGUAGAAGGAGGUGGAAUCGUGGUGAUUCUCCUCAGGACUAUGAACUCGCUGAAGCAGCUCUAUACAAUGACCAUGGAUGUCCACUCUCGGUACAGGACGGAGGCACACCAGGACGUGGUGGGACGGUUUAAUGAGAGGUUCAUCCUCUCCCUGGCCUCGUGCAAGAAUUGCAUUGUGAUCGAUGAUCAGCUGAAUAUUUUGCCCAUCUCCAGUCAUGUUGCAAACAUCACACCUGUUCCACCCCAGUCACAGGAGGAUAGCCUGCGGCCACAGGACUUGGAGCUGAAGGAACUGAAAGAAAGCCUGCAGGAUACACAGCCUGUAGGAGUUUUGGUGGAUGGUUGUAAAACCCUGGAUCAGGCAAAAGCAGUUCUGAAAUUUAUUGAAGCCAUUUCUGAGAAGACUCUGCGGAGCACUGUGGCAUUAACAGCAGCCAGGGGCCGUGGUAAAUCUGCUGCUUUGGGGCUGGCUAUAGCUGGAGCAGUAGCUUUUGGUUACUCCAAUAUCUUUGUCACAUCUCCAAGCCCUGAUAACCUUCACACUCUCUUUGAGUUCAUAUUUAAAGGCUUUGAUGCACUGCAGUAUCAGGAACAUCUGGACUAUGAGAUUGUUCAGUCCUUAAAUCCAGAGUUUAACAAGGCUGUGGUCAGAGUGAAUGUGUUCAAGGAGCACAGACAGACCAUUCAGUACAUACACCCUGCUGAUUCUGUGAAGCUGGGUCAAGCUGAGCUCCUUGUGAUUGAUGAAGCUGCUGCCAUUCCUCUCCCCUUGGUGAAAAACCUGCUAGGCCCUUACCUUGUCUUCAUGGCCUCUACGAUCAAUGGGUACGAGGGUACUGGUCGCUCGCUGUCCCUGAAGCUCAUUCAGCAGCUCCGUCAGCAGAGUGCACAAACUCAAGUCACCCUGACAGCAGAGAACAAAUCUACAGCGACAGCUAAACUUGCCUCAGCUCGUACGUUGCAUGAAGUCUCCCUCCAUGAGUCCAUCAGAUAUGCCCCUGGUGACCCUGUUGAAAAGUGGUUGAAUGACCUGCUCUGUCUGGACUGUCUCAACAUCACCAGAAUCAUCUCUGGCUGCCCACUGCCUGAGACUUGUGACCUAUACUAUGUGAACAGAGAUACACUUUUUUGUUACCACAGAGCAUCAGAAGUUUUCCUGCAGAGGCUGAUGGCCCUCUAUGUGGCUUCACACUACAAGAACUCACCAAAUGACCUCCAGAUGCUAUCUGAUGCACCUGCCCAUCACCUUUUUUGCCUUUUGCCACCUGUUCCACCUACCCAGAACUCACUACCAGAAGUACUUGCUGUGGUCCAGGUGUGCCUGGAGGGAGAGAUCUCUCGUCAGUCCAUCAUGAACAGCCUGUCUAGGGGAAAGAAAGCUUCUGGUGAUCUUAUUCCCUGGACCAUUUCAGAGCAGUUCCAGGAUCCAGACUUCGGGGGCCUGUCUGGUGGGCGUGUUGUUCGUAUUGCAGUUCACCCGGAUUACCAGGGGAUGGGCUAUGGCAGCAGAGCUCUGGCCUUGCUGCAGAUGUACUAUGAAGGCAAAUUCCCCUGUCUGGAUGAAAAGCCAGUUGAAAAGCCCAAAGAAAUUGCAACUGUAAGCAGUGAGACUGUUAGCUUGUUAGAAGAGGUUGUGACCCCUCGGAAGGACUUGCCUCCUUUACUUCUCAAGCUGAGUGAGAGACCAGCUGAAAACCUGGACUAUCUGGGGGUAUCCUAUGGCCUGACCCCAAGAUUGCUCAAGUUUUGGAAACGUGCUGGAUUUGUGCCCGUUUAUCUAAGGCAGACACCAAAUGACCUGACUGGGGAGCACUCCUGCAUCAUGCUGAAGAUGCUGAAUGAUGAGGACACUGAACAGGAGUCUUGGCUUACUGCCUUCUGGAAAGAUUUUAGGAGGAGGUUCCUUUCUCUGCUUUCCUACCAGUUCAGCACCUUCUCUCCUUCACUGGCAUUGAAUAUUCUACAGAACAAAAAUACCAAGCAGCAGCCACAACCAGCCAUCAGCCGUGCUGACUUAGAAUCAGUUUUCAUCCCCUAUGACCUGAAGAGGUUGGAGAUGUACUCUCACAACAUGGUGGACUACCAUCUCAUCAUGGACAUGGUGCCUGCCCUGGCCAGGAUGUUCUUUCUGCACCAGAUGGGAGAUGUGUCUCUCUCUGCUGCACAGUCGGCUCUUUUCCUAGGGAUUGGCCUACAGCAUAAAUCUCUGGACCAGCUGGAAAAGGAGGUGGAACUUCCCAGCAGCCAGCUGAUGGGUCUGUUCAACAGGAUCAUCCGCAAAGUAGUGCAGUUGUUCAACACAGUCCAGGAAAAAGCUGUGGAGGACCAGAUGGUGGCAACAAAGGAUAUUGUCAUGGAGCCAACACUGAAAUCUUUAAAUGAUGACUUGGAAGAAGCUGCUAAGGAAUUCCAAGAAAAACACAAGCAAGAAGUGGGGAAGCUGAAGGACAUGGACCUUACACAAUACAUUAUCCGGGGUGACGACGAGGAGUGGGAUGCGGUGCUGAGCAAAGCAGGACAGAACGCCUCCAUCGUCAGCUUGAAAAGUGAGAAGAGAAAACUGGAAACAGCAAGAGGACCCAAGCAACAGAAGAAAUUUAAGACUAAAGAUAUAAAGCAGAAGAGGAAGAAAGGCCUUUAAAGCCUUGAACUGAACAAGUGAUGGAUCUGUACUGGUCUCCUUUAAACCAAAAUGCUUCAUCUAGGGGGUGAGAGCUGGAGGGAAGGAAAAGCCUUGGAGGCAUUUUUAAAGUUUGCACUGUGGGAGCACAGUGACAUUGCCGGGAGAUAGUCUGUGAAGAGUUCCUUUAUGAAGUGUGACUGCAGAGCUUGAGCAAGGCACUGAGCAACACACUGGUGUGUCACCAGGGGGCUUAAGCAGCAUUCCAAGGACUGUAAGCUUUCCUGCAUCCUAAUGGUUGGUGUCUUUAUUAAAAAGGAAUUUGGACAGC